AUGGAAAAAGUUUCAACUUUCGAAAUAUUACCCGAUGAAAUGAUAUUACAUGUGUGUCAGUAUCUUCGUGAUGGCGAAAUUCUCUAUUCAUUUUUCAAUCUUAAUUAUCGCCUUAAUUCGACAAUAAUGGACUUCUGUCAUCAUGUCAAUCUCAAGAAUCUUACCUAUAAACAGUUCAAGUUUGUUGCGCUGCAAAUCCUUCCUCAAAUUGGUGGAUCAAUAAGAUCGUUCGUUUUUAAUGGGCUAUGGCAAAGUAUUAUGUUCAGCAGGGAACCU